AUCCCGUAUAAUCCGUUCAAGAUGAGUACAGAUGACGCUCAAGCUCCGUUUAGGGCGGCUGGUAUCAGCGACGUACGCAGUCCAACAAGAAGCGAUAUUCCAACAAGACCGAUGGAAAUCGUCAUUUACAGUAUGAACAAGACCGGGUAUGUGAUGAAAUGCGAGAACGGGAGAAAUACGACUGUCGCUGAAGUGCACCAGAGGAUGAUGAAGACGCUGCAGUUACCAAACAUCUACGGGCCGGUUUUUGCUCUCUGGAUGACGUCACCACUCUUACAAGUUCAACUGAAAUCUGAUCAACGACCGUCAAGAAUCAGAAAGCAAUGGAAGGCAAUGCUGGCAAAGUUUACAACAGCAGCCAUUUUGGAAAUGGAAACAGACGAGCCGGUUUUAUCAUUUCAGAGGAACGUGUUUCUACCAAUAGAUGUGGAAGAGAAGAUUGCUGACCGUGAAGUAGUCAAGUUGCUGUACGAAGAGGCGGUUCAGAACGUCGUGAAAUAUCGAUAUCCAACUGCAAAGGCAAAAUGCAUUAGCCUUGCAGCCAUUCAAGCCAAAAUUGAACACAAGGCAGUCACGUUAGAGAUUGUCAAAGAGUCAGUUGAGAGGUUGUUGCCUGUUCAUUAUCGUUAUGCCAAUCGUUGGAUGUCGCGUAUUAAAGAAGAUGAGAAACUGGCUGCUCAAGUGGUGGGUGAGUGUAGAGGUACAGAAGAAGUCAGAGAUGACGUCACAUGCAUGAAGAAAUAUCUCGCAGAGUGUCGGGAAUUUCCAUUCUAUGGUUCAAUAUUUUUCUACGGCCAAAUACAACACGAACGAACUCGCUUCGUCGGACAGAGGAAAGACAGACGCGUGAGAGUGGCAAUCAACUACACACACCUUCAUGUGAUCGACGUCUUAACAAACGAAAUCAUCGUGGGCGUGUCUCUUGACGAGAUGAGGUGGGAUUUCCAUCCCGCAAAAUCCAUUGGCGAUCAUGUUUUCAGCUCAUUUUUUAUUGAAUUUGAUUGUGAAUUCAAUUUUUCUCAUCAAAAAGUUUGUCACCAGAUGCAAAUCUUUACCAGACAGGCUGCAAUGAUGGAUGCGAUGGUUGAUCGUUGUGCUAAUGGUUUAGGCAGAAGGGAAUUUGAUGACAUGGUGGAAAGGAUGGAGCAGGCAACAGCGGAACAAUCGGAUUGUCGAUCUGAAUUGGGAUGUUUUAAACGCGGUGCAAGCAUCCACAGUCAACAUCUCGUCAACAAGGUGAAGGUCGAUCGUAUCAACGAGGAUGGUUCUCUCAUUUCUCCCAAACGUUCGUCACGAAGACAACAACCGGCUGCUUCCUAACUCAAACACGAGAGCCAGCCGACGAACGUGUGAAUCCAAAGCAUCACACAGACGAUAUGAAAUCAAUUGAUUGGUAUAAUACUCUACAGUCUUGUCAGUACAUAAUGAUAUACAAUAGGAUAGCAAGAAUAACACGCGUGUAUGCGUUCACUAAUUUCGUAUGUAAUCACAUCAACUGUGCAUUUG